UGGGUGUAGCUUGGUCGCCUUGACCACCAGAGGGAGAAACCCUGGGAACUUCUGCUCAGGACGCUGUGCCCUGGAGUGACACCCACCAGCCGGGCCUGCUCCCUCGCAGUCACGUUUCCUGACCUAGGAUUCCAGGAGCAUGCUUGCCCAGAGCCGUAGAAAUGACCCUCCGCCCACACCAUAUCUCACUGUUCUAAAUACGUAUCUCAAGCCAAAGUUGCUAACGAGGUUGGAGAAACGGGUGAAGAGGAAGACAGUGGUGGCGCUGAAGGAGCUGAGCCAGCGAAUCCAAGAAACUAGAGGCCGGCGGGAAAGGCUGCUGGAGGAGGCCAGGCAGCUACUGGAGGAAAAAUACCGAGUGCAGGCUGAGAACCAGUUUUUCAUGGAAUACCUGCGCAAAAACAAAGAACGGUGUGAAAAGAGACAGGAGGCGCUGCGGAAGCAGUAUGUGCAGGAAUGUGGCGAGGUAGAACAAAGGAGGCAAGAACUGGCGUCCAGAUAUGCGCAGAGGAAUGCAGCCCUUCAAGCCCAGCUGCUACAGGCCAGGAAGACCCAGAAGGACCUGAAGCAGCAGCUACAGGCGCUGAAGCCGGUUUGCAUGGUAAAGGAGAGGCAGGACAUGAAAACACAGACCUUGGAGGAGGAGAUGGAGAAAAUUCGAGGGGAGGCAGCGGCCAAGGACCGGGAGGCGCACGUCCGGUUCCUGCGGGAAAAGCCAAGGAUGGAGAAGGAGCUGGACGAACUGCACUCGGUGGAGCUGGGACAGAUCUGCACCGAGGAGCUGACGAGGAGGUACAGGGCCUUGGCGCUGGCAGCCAACCAGGCCCACUCCAAGUUCUGUGGCAGCCUCCACAGAGAGCAGCAGCAGCUCCGGGAGGAGCUCCAGCAACUGAGUCAGGAGUACCGCGAGGCGGAAGCUGUGCGCAGCCAGCUGGAGAAGCAGCAGCAGCGGGCGAAGGAGGAACAGUGGUAUAUGCAAGCCUUGAUCAGAGGGCGGCAGCGGCUGCAGGCAGGACGCGAGCGCCAUCUUGGUCACGAUCCAGGCCUCAAGGAGCAGCGUGCAGCCAAGACCAUGCUGAGCACCAAAUCAAGAACAGUUUCAAAGUAAAAGAUACCAUGACCGAUUAAGGAAUUGGAGCACGGCGGAUAAUUUACAGUCCCCAGAGAAUCCAUCCUGGAGAACAGAAUAGCAUUUUCAUGAACGAGGCGCUGUUGCGAUAUGGGAUUGUGCUCCUGGCUUUGAACCUGGCUGUCUGCCUCCCUGGAUUGUGGGUUCCAGAGAUUUGGAACGUUUGGAAAACUUUUAAUUGAACAGUAUCACCCUUUUUUUUUUUUUUUUUAAUAGUAGCAAUUGAAUUCUCGGAUUAUCUAGUGACAUUUAUUUUAGUUCUACCACACACUUUUUUCCUUAAUGUGUGCUUUGUAGUCCACAAAGUUGGCUGUACAUUUCGGUAUGGUCUAUGUACUUUUGGCCACUUGGAACAACUGGGAAUCACAUUUUAAAUUGCAGAGUCUUGUUUGUGUAGAGGGGUUGUGCGUUGGCACUUGUGAUGGCCUGGUCAUUUGUUGAAGUGUGGGUUCUGGUCUGGGAGAACUGUGGACUUGUAUUCUGGCAGUGCCCCUGCACGGGAAAACAACUUCAUGUUUCUCAAAAAUUAUUGGCAGUGAAAACUUCAAAGCCCAGAACUUUCAGAUUUAUUUAUAUGUAAAAUAGGCUCCUUUUAAGUAGGAUUAAAAGAAUUAGCUCUCCAA